CGUUUGAGUGACAAAUGACGAGGACGACCCGUAGGAACAACUUAAGCGCGAGUCUCCCCGGAUCCGUCUCCGUCGUGGGCGCGCCUCCGACUCACCUCGCCCCCACGCGGGCUUCCCGCGCCCCUGCCGGGACCAGCCUCCGGACCCCCUUCCCCGCCGCGGGCCGCGGAUGGAGCACCCCUUCGGCCCCUCCACUCUCCCGCCGGCGCCCAACGGCUCCGCACCCGGCUCCCCGGGCUGGGGCGCCAACCUCACGUCCGGACACGGGGCGCCGCCGCCCGGAGCGCCCGGCCGCCGCGUCCGCCUGGCGCUGCUGGGGGCCGUCGUGCUGGUGGCGGCGGCGGCCAACGCCGCGGUGCUGUGCCGCCUGCGCGGCGGGGGCGGGCCCGGGGCGGGCCCCAAGCGCCCGCGGAUGGACCUCCUGCUGGCGCACCUGGCGGCCGCCGACCUGCUCGCGGCGGGGGGCGGCGCGCUGGCGCAGCUGGUCCGGGAGCUGCGGGCCGGGCCGCCCGGGGACCUGUCGGGCCGCCUCGCGCGCCUGCUGCGGGCGUCGGGCCGCGGCGCCUCGGCGCACCUCGUGGUGCUCGUGGCCCUGGAGCGCCAGCGCGCCGUGCGCCGCCCGCAGGCCCGGCCGCUGCCCGCGCGCGCCCUCGCCGCCCUGGGCUGGCUGCUGGCGCUGCUGCUGGCGCUGCCCGCCGCCCUGCUGGCGCCCCCGCCGCGCUGGCCCCGGCGGCUCUACGCGCUCUACGAGGCGGUGGCGGGCUUCGCGGCGCCGGCCGCCGUGCUGGGCGUGGCGUGCGGCCGCCUGCUGUGCGCCUGGCGGCGGCGCCUGCCCCGGGCCCCCGCGCCCCCCGCGCCCCCCGCGCCCCCCGCGCCGCCCGCGCCCCCCGCGCUGCCCCGCGCGAAGCUGCAGAGUCUCAAGAUGAGCCUGGCGCUGGCGCUGCUGUUCGUGGGCUGCGAGCUGCCCCACUGCGCCGCGGGGCUGGCGGCCGCGUGGGCGGCCGGGCGGGCGGGGGCCCGGGACGCCGAGGGCCCGGCGGCCGCGCUGCAGCUCGUGGCGGUGGCCCGGGGCGCCCUGGACCCCUUCGUCUACCUCCUCUUCCAGGCGGACGCGCGCCCGCGGCUGCGGCGGCUGCUGCGAGGGCGGCUGGGCGCCGUCUGCGGCUCGCGGGACGCGGCGGAGGGCGCCGGGGAGCACCGGGCGCUGCACCGCCACCGCUGGCCGCGGCCCCACUACCACCACGCCAGGCGGGGGCCGCCCGAGCUGGGCUGCGCGCGCCCCCCGCCGCCGCCGCCGCGGCCGCUGCCCCGCUCCUGCUCCUGCGACAGCGCCUUCUAG